AUGUCUUCUCCAAUGGUGCACUUAUCCGUCCCCAACUCCGACCUCUUCCAGUUUCCCCCAAGCAACGAGCCUCGAACUCUCCCUUCGCCGCCCGCUGGCUCGACACUUUUCGCUCCGCCAUUUACGAUACCCAGCUCGAUCUACAAUUCUGUUCUAGACAUUCGAGUGCCAAUCACGAUUGCCAGCGUGUACGCCGUUACCGUUGUUUCUGUCAACGCAUAUAACCGCUCGAGAGGGAAUAAGCCAUGGGCGAUCAGCAAGACGAAGCCAUUCUUCUGGUUUGUUGUGGCACACAACAUCUUAUUGGCAGUAUACUCUGCCUGGACCUUCAUUGGCAUGUUCGGGGCUCUGCAAAGAACUUUGCCCAGAUGGACAGGCGCUGAGACUUUGACGCCUAUGGUGGACAGCUUGUGCAAAAUGCACGGUGCUCGCGGACUUGGAAAUGCGGUUGCGUACAAUGGCACCCUCUCACAAUGGGUGUCGACAUCGUCAUCUAUGCUCCUGACUGAGACGGGACAACCAGACCCUACAGAUGUUGGAAGAUUGUGGAAUGAGGGUCUUGCUUUCUAUGGCUGGUUCUUUUACUUGAGCAAGUUUUACGAGGUUCUGGAUACUGUUAUUAUCUUGGCCAAGGGAAAGCGAAGCUCGACUCUGCAGACUUAUCAUCAUGCUGGAGCUAUGAUGUGCAUGUGGUCUGGAAUUCGGUACAUGUCUCCACCAAUCUGGAUGUUUGUUUUUGUCAACUCGGCAAUUCAUGCUCUCAUGUACACUUACUACACUCUGACUGCCUUCUCUGUCCCGAUUCCCCAAAGCCUCAAGCAGAGUCUCACAACCAUGCAAAUCAUGCAAUUCCUAGUCGGAACCGCCUAUGCAUCUCUCCACUCCUUCCUCUCCUACGAAAUCCCAGUGCAGGUUGCAGACAUCGAGGGCUCAAUCAAGACCGCCGCAUCAGCCGCCAGCUCCUCAAUCGCCUCCGCAGCAACCUCAGCCGGGCUCGGAAAGUUGGUUAUGAAGUACCUGUACCGUGCAGCUGGAGAAGAAGGACUUGCCGAGAACGUCAACGCACCAGCGCCAACUGCCCAGACAACAUCCGCUCCUAGCAGCAACGGAAUUCAAUACCGCACCGAGUACCAAACGGUCCCGUGUAUCGACACCAGCGGACAGACCUUCGCUAUCUGGUUGAACGUCUUCUACUUGACUCCACUGACAUUCCUCUUUGUCCGUUUCUUCGUCAAGUCCUACCUCCGACGGUCGAACCAGAAGGGUGGAAAGGCAUCCAAGCACAGCGCUGCGGAGUCAGCUGGAAAAGAUGCAUUGAAGGGUAUUGACCGCGAGCUGAACGGACGUGCCAACGGAACCCCCAACGGUACACCCAACGGCAAGGCGAAUGGAACACCAAAUGGAAAAGCAAAUGGAACGCCUAAUGGAAAAGCCAAUGGACGUGCCAAUGGAACUCCCAAUGGCACUCCUAACGGAAAGGCAAACGGUAAGGGGAAUGGGAAUGGGAAAGCAUUUAGCUUGUAA